AUUAUUUCUUUUACCAGUAUGCCAACGAGUGCUAAAGGUUGGGUCAAACCAGAGCUUCGAGUGUCUAUCAUGCGGGUGAAGCAUCUGAAGGAUACAGGCUGUCAUGCAGUUGAGGUCGAACUCGAUGGACAGAGGCCCAAGAGGACAGCAUGGGUUGAUGGUAGCAAUGACAAGGAGUUUAAUAGAGAGGCAGGGUUCUUUCUCAAGGGUGAUCAGCAGGAGAACAACGCCGACUUCUGGAACAAAGCCUUUGUACAUGUGACGGUGAUCCUGCAGCGGACCUUCCGGUCGGAUAAAAAUGUAGCUGUUUGUCAUCUUAGUAUGAAGGUGAUUCGUAAAUACGGUGAAGUCCGAGGAUGGGUACCGCUGAUGCACGAUAGUACGUAUGCAGGGGAGAUGCUCCUCCGAGCGAAGUUGCAGGGCGUUGAUACGUGGAAAAACUGUGAGAAGGGCCCGGCGUCGGAGGCUGCCUUCAACUUGCCCUUUAAUGGUGCUCCUGAUUCCAACACUUCUAACUGGGAAGCAUAUAACGCAAUGAUGGCAGCUGCGGCGCCUAUGGGGGCGCCAGGGGUCUUCGCGGCAAUGCAGAUGAGGAAGGACACAGAUGGUAAAAUGAGAGCGGCCACGGCUGAGGGUACGCCGGUACCGAUGAGUCAGGAGGAAUACAAUACUCAGGUAGCUAUGUUACGAGAUAUAGAGGCCAGGCAUGCUAAGGAGACCGAGUCGCAGAGGCAGCAGUGGGUUCGUCAACAGGAGGAGGCUCGUAAUAGAGCGGAGGAGUUGAAGGAGGAAGAAAGUUCUAGUGAUGAGGAACCCGAGGAGGAUGCUACGGAUAAGCGUAAAGGAUAUCCCGCGCAUAUGAAGUUGGAUGAUGACGAUGCUAGUGACGAUGAUGACGGCUAUGAUGGUGAGAGGCCUUGCUGGAUGGGUGAGGGGAGAGAGUAG